UGACCGAGACUUUGUUUAGUUGUCUGAAGCUCGCCGAUGUGAACGGAUCGAAAUGGAGGGCCACCCAAUUAUCUGGACGUUGUUGCUCGCCCUCUGCUGCUGCGGAAGCCAAUUGGAGGUUGGAGCGAGUCGCUUGCUGAGCAGGAUGAUGCCCAGAGUGCCGGAAGGCUGGAGCUGUCAGAAUGAAAACAUAGGCGGAUUCAGCAUCAACCUGACUGAACUUUCUGGCUACUGGUUCGAGGUUGCCCGAGUGCCCAAUGUCGAUGUUCUGGCAUGCCUAAAUGUCUCUGUUCCUGCCGAGAUCGAGAACAACACCCUGUCGCUGGGCCUGAACUACAUCAGCACGGUCAACAACGAAUGGCAGUUCGCCAACGAGUCCGUCACCUUUCCCUGGACCAAUGACACCCAACAUGGACGCUUCAAUCUGGACUACGGUAUUGCCACUGUGACAUACAAGAUGGUUUACGUGAACUACAGUUCAGUGGCGCUCCUAUGUGGCUUCAGCAGCAUCUCGCCCAUUCCGCUCUUCAAGCUCUUCUCCCGAGUCCCGGAGAUUAGUCAGCGGGCGCGCGACGUCAUCCAGUAUGUGGCAAACACAUACAACGUUUCCGACCAGAUUGCGUGGGAGGAGCAGUCGCCGGACGGGUGCAACGGAUCCGCUGGCCAGGCUCCUCUGGCUGUCCUAGUGGGUCUAAUGGCAGCGCUGUGGUGCCUCAGCUUCCGCAAGCGAUCUCUUAGUUAGCUUUUCAAUUAUAAUAAUGAGUAGCCAAAAUGUUCACUACACAAUCAUCGCGCUCUUAUCAAUGUUUGCUUUUCAUGUGGAUGGCUUUAUGUCAAUUGUUUUUAUUCAAAGCGAAUCGCAGAUGAGCUCUCUUAUCUUGUAGUUUAGGAAGGAAAAUCCACAAAGAGCAAAUUAUAAAUAUAAUAAAUAUUAUCAGUUAAAUUAAAA